AUGACGCGCUUGAAUAGCUAUGCCACUGUGAUUCCUAUCAUUGCCAAGUCUGACACAGUGGCCGAAAACGAACUGCAACAGUAUAAGCAGCGAAUUCUUCGUGAUCUUGAGUUCCACGGCAUUGAUAUUGUGAAGCUGCCAGUGAAUGAAGAAGAUGACGAGGAGACCAUUGCGGAGGUGACAGAAAUCCAGAGCCGCCUACCAUUUGCCAUCGUCGGCUCCAACGAUCUUGUCAAGACGGCCGAUGGUCGCAUUGUACGCGGGCGUGCGUAUCCAUGGGGUGUGAUUGAGGUUGACAACGAAAACCACUGCGACUUUGUCAAGCUGCGUCAAAUGCUGAUUCGUUCGAACAUGGAGGACCUGCGUGAGCUGACGCAGUUGCGCUAUGAACAGUACCGGACGAAGAAGUUGUUGAGUCUGGGUGUGACGCAGGAUGACUCAGUGUUUAGCACAGCAAAUCCAACAGAGAGGCAGGCAGAGGCUCGUGCCGUGCAUGAAGCCAAGCUGGCGAAGAUGGAAAGCGAUAUGAAGGCUGUCUUCCAGCGCAAGGUCGCUGAGAAGGAGGCGAAGCUGAAGCAGAGUGAAGAGGAGCUAUACGCGCGCCACCGCCAGAUGCGUGCUGCGUUGGAUCAGCAACGCCAGGAGCUUGAAGAAGUCAAGCGCCGGUUGCAAAACAUGUUCCGUUAA